AUGGAACGAGAUGGGGAACAAAUGGCUGCAAGUGGAAUAGCUGAGAAUACUGAAUUUACAAGAAAAGGCUUCAAUUUUCCCUUGAAAUCAGAAGGUCAUAUUUUGAUGGAAUCCCCGAAAAUAUAUGAAUCACAGAGAAGAAACUGGCCGGUGAACGAUGUUAGCGGCUUUGCACCUCAAUGCCCUAGCACUUCUUCUAUGAUUGAGACUGAGACAGGUGUUACAGUGGAAGAAUUGACAGUGGAAAACUAUAAGACCUCAGGUUUAAGUUUGCCCAAGAGCUCAAGCAACUUAAGGCAGGGUCAGUGGCAACGAAUGCAUCAUUUAGAAAGUAUGUCUGAACAUGAGGCUUUAGAUGGAAACGUUGAUCACGUGUUGUUGAGAGCGAAAGAGCAGCUUGCGAGAAUGUCUUAUGAGAACCAAAAGAGCAAGGAUACUGAUCAAACAACUGGAGGAAUUUCUUUGCAUUUGAAGGCUACAGACAACAUGGCUAUCUCAAGCAAUACAUCGUCAGUUGCAGCUACUCCAUUGAAAACGUCAACUAGGCCUAGCUUUUCACAGUUAUUUGUAAAGAAAGGUUUGAAGGGAAAGGGUAUUGUUAGAAGAGAUCCAGAAUCUUGCACAACUGCUGACAAUGACCAGCCUUGUUUACUUGGGGUUGAUAGGUCUGCUACUGCACCUUGCCCCAAUGGAAUUACUUUGAGAGAAUGGCUAAAACGAGGGAGAUGUAAAGAGGAUAAAGCUGAAAGCCUACUUCUAUUCUGGCAGAUUGUGAAGUUGGUGGAUUCUGCACACUCCCAAGGAGUUGUCUUGCAAGACUUACAGCCAUCCUGUUUCUAUUUAUCCUCAUCAAAUAGGGUUACAUAUACAGGUCUAUCUGCUAAGAAAGGACUAGUGUCUGCUGUAAAUAGUGAUUUGAGGAGGAAAAGAUUCCUGGAAGAAAGUAUGAAUGCUGCAAAUUGUAGUUUACGUGCAAAGCUGCUAAAGGUCAAUGAGAACAUGCGAUCUCUUGGACACCAAACAGAGUUCACCUCUCCCCAUGAAUCCAGGAUUGAGAUGGGAAAUAAGAUUGGUUUUCAUACAUCUGUUAAGCAAGAUUCUAACUGUUUUCUGAACCAGCCUCCAAGUUUCCGCUACCCUACUGCAUCUGUUUCACAUUCUAUUUCUGCAGCUAUACAAUCGGAAGAGAAGUGGUAUGUUUGCCCAGAGGUGCUUAAUGGCAGAAGCUGCACAUUUUCAUCAAAUAUAUAUAGCCUUGGGGUUUUUCUUUUUGAGUUGCUAUGUUGUUUUGAAUCAUGGGAGCUGCAUUCUGCAAUGAUGCUGGAUAUGAGCCAGAGGAUUCUUCCACCAAAGUUCCUUUCAGAAAAUCCGAAGGAAGCUGGCUUUUGUCUUUGGCUUCUUCACCCCAAACCUUUGUCUCGUCCAACAACUAGGGAAAUCUUGCAGUCUGAUUUAUUUUGUGGAUCCCAAGAAUGGUUUUGUGGGAACAAUUUAUCAGAAUCUCCUGAUAGUGAUAUGGCGGAAUCAGAGAUAUUACCUCAGUUUCUAAUUAGAUUAGAAGAACAAAAGCAGAAGCAUGCCUCCAAAUUGAUUGAAGAUAUUAGGUUCUUAGAAGAAGAUAUUAAGGAGGCUGAAAGAAGGCACUUAUUAAAGACAUCUUCAGUUUUCCCUCAGAAACAAAAUGAAUUUCCUGAUGCAGGAAAAAAUUGGUUGCAUUUUGAAGACCCCAGAACAUCAGUUGCUCAUUAUAGAUCAAAUUUGAAGUCAGAGGUAAAUGAAGGAUGGUUGUCAAAAAAUAUCAGGCUGCUUGAGCAUGCGUACUUCUCCAUGAGAUCCGAAAUCCAUUCUUCAGAACCUGAUGCUGCAGCGUGCUUUAAUAAAGACUUGCUGAGGAAUGGAGACAGGUUGUCCAAGGUGCAAAGUGCAAAUGGUGAGAUGAGAAUGAAUCAGAAAUCUAUUGAUCCCCUCGGGGUCUUUUUUGAAGGUUUGUGCAAGUUUGCUUGCUAUAGCAAGUUUGAAGCGUGUGGAACAAUAAGAAAAGGGGACCUUCUAAACUCUGCAAAUGUGAUAUGCACUCUCAGUUUUGACCGUGAUGAGGAUUAUAUUGCUACUGCUGGCAUAUCUAAGAGAAUCAAGAUUUUUGAGUUUGAUGCAUUUAUGAAUGACUCUAUUGAUGUCCACUAUCCUGUGGUUGAGAUGUCAAACAAGUCAAAGCUUAGCUGUGUUUGCUGGAACAACUACAUAAAGAAUUAUUUGGCUUCAACUGAUUAUGAUGGUAUUGUCCAGACAUGGGAUGCGGGAACUGGUCAAGGAUUAUGUCAAUACACUGAGCACCAAAAGAGGGCAUGGUCUGUUGACUUUUCUCAAGCUGACCCAACAAAGUUUGCCAGUGGAAGUGAUGACUGCUCUGUGAAGCUUUGGAGCAUUAAUGAGAGAAGUUCUCUUGGCACCAUAGGGAGCCCUGCAAAUGUCUGCUGUGUUCAGUUCUCUACUUUCUCUCCUCAUCUGUUGGCAUUUGGAUCUGCCGAUUACAAGGUGUAUUGCUAUGAUCUUCGGCAUGCUAGAAUCCCUUUAUGCACAUUAGCUGCCCAUGAAAAAGCUGUUAGCUAUGUCAAAUUCUUGGAUUCCACAACCCUUCUCUCUGCAUCCACCGACAACACCCUGAAGCUGUGGCAUCUCAACAAAACCAGUUCAGAUGCAUUGCCUUCCAGUACUUGUGGCUUAACCUUUAGUGGUCAUAAAAAUGAGAAGAACUUUGUGGGUUUAUCUGUUUUGGAUGGAUAUAUAGCAUGUGGUUCAGAGACUAAUGAGGUUUAUUGUUAUUAUAGAUCUCUGCCAAUGCCAAUCACUUCCUACAAGUUUGGGUCUCUUGAUCCUAUUUCUGGAAAUCAAAUCACUGACGAAAAUGGGCAGUUUGUUUCAAGUGUCUGUUGGAGACAAAAGUCAAACAUGCUUGUUGCUGCCAACUCAACUGGAAGUAUUAAACUACUGAAACUGGUGUGAUGAAAGCCUUUUCCAGAAGUUAGUCUUGCUCGCUAAUCUAUUAUUAGCUUACCCGUCCUAAAAAUAGAUUAUAUGCACUUCAAAAAAACAAUGAGUUGGAAGCAGAAAGUUGCAAAGGCUGAAGGGUAAUAAUGAGAGCCAACCACUCAUGCAGCCUCCUUGUAACUGAGUCUGCCUUCAAUGGUGGCCUAUGCAUGCGAAGAUUAUAGUUUGCCACUCCUGCUGGGUGCGGUCAAUGACUUCUGCUUUCCUGCCAAAACUGCUAGGGCCAUUGAGUAUUACAUCUUUCUGUUAAGAAAAUAUCAAGGGAAGUCAAGAAGACAUGUCCUCAACUGUUGCAACAUCAGGCACCAACCCUCGGAAUUGGAGGUUAUUGACUAAGAUGAUAUUACUCUGAGUUAAUGGAUCCUACAGAUUCAUCUCUGCUGCCUCUUGUGGACAAGUUGAUAGCAGAGUUGGGCUUAAGUUGGAUGACAAUAUGGAUGAGAAGUGGCGUCAGGAACUUUAUUUGGGUGCAAUAUUGCAUGAGCAAAAAAGGUUCUGGUAAAUUUAUAGUGGAUGAAGAAUGUGAACCACAAGAAUUUCAUGAAGAUGCAUUCAAGGUUGAGACAUGAGUUCUUUUCAAGAGGCAUGCAACUGUCAGUUUUUGGCAAGGUAUUUUCACUAGCAUUUUGUUUUUUGUAGAAAAAUUUUUUCCUUUCUGAUCAGUUCAAUAAAGUUUUUUGUUGUUGUCAAUAAAUAAGUAUCAUUUCUGAUUGUGAUGUAAUGUAUAGUUUUCCUGUGAAUGUGAGGGACCUUCCUACAAUUGUGAAUCAGAAAUCCCUUUGAAUGUAACCUUUAUGUUUCUCUUUAUGGGCUAUAGUAGCAAUUAUGUACUAUUUUCCAUGUAUUUAAUGGCAGUAUUAGGAUUUGAUUGUUUUA